UGUGCGUUCUAAAUCUGCAGUUAUCCAUGAUAUCUGUAGAGCUCUGUUUGUAUUUAUAUGUAAUAUUGCAUUGCGAAAAUGGCAUUUUACUAUCAUGUGUACAUAUCGUGGUGUGUGUACGGAGUAAACUUGUAGUUUACGAGGCGGUGUCUCGCCAUGGGGCUGAAGCGGCGCGGCACCAGCUCCCGGCGCCAGGUGCUGAAUCUGGCGCCCAAGAAGCAGGAGCCCCAGCGCCACACGUGGCAGACCAAGUACCAGCAGAUCUGCGCGGAGCACAGCAGCCAGCGCAACGGGGAGGCGGAGGGCAGCGGCGCAGACACGCGCGCCAACCCGCUGCAGCUGGUGGGGGAGUACCAGUCGGACAGCGACUCGGGGAGCGACACCCGGGAGAGUCUGGACGCCAAGGUGUCCGACUUCCUCAAGGAGAUUGAGAGCAUCGUGCCUAAGGAGCCGCCUGCUGUGACUCCGACCCCGUCUCCGCCCCCCACCCCGGCCCCUGUCUCCGCCCCGGCCCCUGCCACACCUCCGGCGCCAGCGACGGCCAAGAAGAAGAUAACCGCCCCUGCCACCCUUGCCACCCCCCAAGAGCCAGAGCACCCGGGCAGUGUGUGGCAGGAGUGCUACGACGAGGGCAGCGGCUACGUCUACUACUGGAACGUCCAGACCAACGCGGUGACGUGGGAGAUGCCCCCGGAGCUGCAGGCGUACGCAGCCUCCGUCGACCCGGCACGGUGGCUGUACCACCAGCAGCAACUGGCCUACCAGCACGCCUCCGCAGGCUACGCGGUGGGCCAGCCUCCGGCGGGGCACGGCUACGAGGCGGGAUACGCCCACGGGGCCUGGCUCGCGGACUCCGUGCCGUCAGCCCCUGCCCCCGCCGCUACCCCCGCCCCCGCCGCUGCCCCCGACAAGUCUCCCGAGGCCAGCGACUCGGAAGAUGAGCGCAUAGAGAUGAUCACGUCAUACGGGCCGGCGAGCGACGAGGACUCGCCGGAGGACCGGGCAUCACCGGCCCCCCACAAGAAGAGGCGGCUGCGGCAAGGCAAGGGGCAGAACAAGCGGCCGGCGCCGCAGAUGAUCGGACCCAUGUUCCCUCCGGAGGACGCUUGCUGCCCUCCCGGGGUGGACCGCGACGAGUACACCACCGCCAGCUCCCGGGAGGAGGUGGAGAAGCUCGGGAGCGGCAAGGAGGCGAAGACGGCCGCGGUGGAUAGUGACGGCACGGACAGCGCGGAGCCUGACGAGGGAGUGAUCUUGUCUCGGCUGCGCAGCCAGGCCAGAAUCCUGCGCGAGCUGGGAGGGGAGAUCCCGGACGAGAUCCGGCAGCUCAUCGACAGUGGCGCGGGCGUGCCCUCCCCCGCGGCGACGGAGAAGGCAGCGGUGAGCGCGGGGAGCAGCCCGAGACCCGCCUCGUUCGCGCUGAUCGCCGGCUACGGGGACGACUCCGACGAGGACAAGCCGGGCGCAGGGGUGCCGCCGGCUGACACCGAGGAGGCAGAGCAGGUCUCUUCGGUCCAGGAACCAGCCGACGUGAAGCCUACUGAGGCUUUACCUGGGGAGAUAGAACUAGUUCAAGAAAAGUCGGAUAAGGUUUUACCAUUUCCAACGACGCCUGAUAAGCUGGUGUCAUCUCAGACAAAGCCAGAUCCAUUGAUACCAUCUCAGGAUAAGCCAGUGAAUGUGGUACUGCCUAAGGCAAAGCCAGAUAAUGUAUUGUCAAAUCAAGUAAAGCCAGAAAACAGUAUACAAGAUCCUUUACAGGCAGAUAAGGUAGUAUUAUCUCAUAAGAAACCAGAUACGGAAGAAUCAGCUGAGGUAAUGUCAGACAAGGCAUUGAUAACUCAGUUCAAGCCUAAUAAGGUACUGAAGCAGGUAAAACAGGACCCGAUAAAACAGGCUCAUUUAAAGGAUGGAAGCGAAAGUAAGGGUGACAAUGCAUUGCCAGCCCAGUUGAUCCCUAGUAAGGUACUCACUCAGGUAAAGCAGGAGUCAGUGAAAUCGGCUCCUGUGCUGGAUGAAGACGAUAGUGAAGGCGACAAGGCAUUGCAAGCUCAGUUGAAACCUAGUAAGGCACCCUCUCUGGUAAAGCAGGGCCCGAUAAUGCCGGCUCCCAUGACAGAUGAAAACGAAAGUAUGAGUACCAAGGCAUUGCAAGCUCAGGUGAAACCCACUAAGGUACUCACUCAGGUAAAGCAGGGCCCUAUGAAACCGGCUCCUGUGGCAGAUGAAGAAGAAAGCAAGGCAUUGCAAGCACAGUUCUCACCUACUAACACUACCACUCAAGUAAUACCGCCUCCUGUGAAGGAAGAAGUCGAGAGUGAGGGCGACAAGGCGAUGCCUGCACAGUUCAAGCCUACUAAGGUACCCUCUCAAGUAAAGCGCAAACCGAUGGUAUCAACAUGCAUGACUGAAGAAGAAGAAGAAAUUAAGUGUAGCAAGGCAUUGCCAGCACAGUUGAAGCCUACUAAUAAGGUACCUUCUCAAGUGAAGCGGGACCCGGUGGUACCGGGUCGAACGGCGGAUGAAGACAUGGGUAAGGGUAGCAAGGCAUUACCGACUCAGUUCAAGCAUAGUAAGGUGCUCAAUCAAGUGAAUCGGGAGCCUGCGUUACCAGCUGGCGUCGCAGAUGAAGAUAAUAGCAAUGGUGGCAAGCUAUUGAAGUGCACUAGCAUGCAGACGCAAGUAAGGCGGGAGCAGAUGACGGCUGACGACAAGGGUGAGGAGGAAGAGGUCGUCAGGCCCCUGAAGCGCAAGAAGACCCCCGCGGAGAUCGCGCCUGCCACCGGCACCGGCUACACCACGGCGUGGGCGAGCACGGGAUACAACGCGGACCCGGCCGGCGGGGAGAGGAGGGGGUUCGGCUUCCGGCUGAACGAGGAGCCCCAGAGGGGGUCCGGCUCGGGGGCCAUCAAGUUCGUGAAGGCGGAGACCAUCAACCUGCCGCUGCAGACUCAGGGCAGCGAGGGCGCAGCAGACGGGGCAGAGGCACCGGCCCUGCAGGAGUUGGCAGACCUGUUGCUGGAGAAAGUCACGUUCCUCGGAGAGGGCAAGGAGCCAGUUCCGCCCGUGCAGGAGAUGGCCGUGCAGCUUGAGACGCUCGUGGCCGCCUGGCAGGCGGGGGGCCUCACCAGCACCUACCUCACCUCCUGGCUGGGCAGCACCCGGGCGGAACUGGACCGACGUGAGAAGGAAGCCGCCCCGCGAGGCUGGGCUUGCGACUGGGAUAGGACCUACAAGCGCUACUACUACUGCAACCUGGAGACCGGCACCACGCAGUGGGAGUACCCCGACGAGGAGGCGCUGGAGCCGGAGACGGAGCAGAUGCCCGAACCGGAGCCUGAGCCGGAGCCGGAGGAUGUCGUGGUGGGGGCCGGGGACGAGAUGGAGAUAUGCCUGACGCCGCCCCCUCCCCCGCCGCCGCACAUAUCCCCGUGCCGGGCGCCGUCCCCGCCCCCACCACCCAGGAUAUCCAGUUCCGAGCCGUCUCCGCCGCCGCUCCCCGCCAGUGCAGGGUCGCCGGGGGUUUGCGAGGAGGUCCCGCUGCCACCCCUACCCCCCCUGCCCCCGGCAGAGCCGCCCCCGCCCCCGCCCCCGGACAGUCCGCCGCCGCACGAGGAGCCCCUGCCCCCCGGCGUGGACACCCCCGAGCUGCCGUACGUGGUGGCUCGGCCGUACCGCCCGCCCCCGCCCCCUCCCCCUCCCACCGACCUGGACGGCACGCCCCUGUACGACGAGCCUGCGCCCCUGCAGUACGUGAUGGCCCCGGCGCCCUUCCAGAUGGCCAUGAUGCACGCCGUGAUGGUGCCCUUCCCGCACCACACCAUCUCCCGGCCGGCCGCCAAGACCCUGCCCCGCGCCCCCGACCUGCACAACGAGCUGGACUCCUUCUACAGCGACCUGGCCUCCCUGCAGGGCUCGGGGGAGCCCGAGGCCCGGCCGGCGCCCGAGCCCGAGCCGGAGCCGCAGCCCGCGCCCGCGCCUCAGCCCGCUCCCGCGCCCCAGCCCGCUCCACCGCCCGAGGAGCCGCGCAGGAAGAAGAAGACGAGGCUGACGCCGGGGCUCACGCUCAAGAAGAAGGGAGUGUCCUCGCUGGUGGCCAAGUGGCAGCAGGUGCAGCAGGAGGUGCGACGCGACAUGGACCAAGACUCCGCGCUGCUGCCCGACUGACCGCCCCCCCGUGCUCGCGACUGUCCAUAUCAGCUUCUCGGCUAUCUCUCUGCACCAUUGCAGUAGAUCACUUGUGUUGUGUCUGUAGUUUUUUUUUUUUCAUUAUUAUUAAUUUAAAGUAUAAAUCUACCUAUUUGGCUUUUUUUUCUUGGUCAGUUUAAACAUUACGUAUUAACUUUUACAAUUAAUGUUGCCCCCUGAAGUGUUAAAUAUGUUCCAUUUUGAAGAAAAAAAAUUACUGCACCGAAUGUUGUGCUUGGAUGGAUAUUUUUUUUAUUAGUAUGUAUUUACAUAGUUAAUUUUCUUAUAAUACAGCUUAGAAAACGAGAAUUUUAUACAAGAUUGAAGUAAUGAUUUUUUUUUUCUUAUGUUGUAUGACAGGUGGUACAAUGUAAUGUUUGCUAUGCUGCAAUUGCACAGAGACAAAUAUAUAAUGCUUAGAAGUGAAAUGAUAAGAAAAGCUAUUGGAGUGAGAAAUCCCAUACUUCAUGCCUGGCAUGUCAUAUAAUUUUUUUUUACUUUGGCAAGGAAAAACGAAAGCAGUUUUUACCGCAGUACUUUAUAAACUGAUAAUAAAUUUUCUCAUAAACUUCCUUUCGAAAAAAUAUUUGUUGACAAGAGGUUGUGCAAAAUGGUCAUGACCAAGUGGUGUCACAGCUUGUAUGGUGGUCCGAUUUAUUUUCCAAUCUUCGUUACUGACAGUGGCACGCUCCACCGACCACUGCAUCCGGACAGGGGUCUGUGACUAUUCAUUCGUGAAUAGGUUGAUAUUCAGUUUGACGUUUCAUAUUGAAUAACUUUUCUAAAAAUCCUUUACCAAUACUUUAUACAGCAAGUGGGACUCGUGCAAAAAAAUUGUGUAGCAAGUAUAAAACCCAAGAAUAUUUAUUCAAAUAUUUGUAUUUUUUUUCUGUGACAUAGUACAUACAUGUAAAAUGUGACAAGUCAUUUGUAAUUACACUACAAAAAUAUUUAAAAAAAAUACUGUAUUUUUAUGUAUUUAUCAGCCUGAUGAAUCAAAAAAAAAUAAUAAUUUUAUAUUUACCAGGUUUAAGAAAAUGCUUUGCCAAGUUUAUUUGCAUUCGGUGUCACUCUAUUAUGGCCCUAUAGAUAUUUCAUCCAGUACACUAGAACCUCGAUAAUCCGAGCUGGAUGGGACUGGGGCCAACUCGGAUUAUCAGAACCUCGGAUUAUUGGAAAUACGAAUAAAAACACACAAAAUCAAUUUCUAAUACAUAUGUCGAUGUUUUAAUAAAAAUAAAAUACAAACAUAUUGAAAGGCAGAUUAGAAAUAUAUACAUAAUUAUUAUUUUUUAAAAUAAUCUAUUAUUGUUUUUUGUUUUUUUAAUGCUCCUCGCUUCUCAGCUGCUCGUGUGCUCAACUUCUUAAAAAACAUUACGUCAUUUGGCGUGACGUCAUCUUGCUGCUCCACGUAUUCGAGUGCCUUUUCUAAGCGUAGAAACCCAUCUGCAUGGCUAAUUUUUUUGUUGGUUUAUUCUUCCCCUUGUUCGUCUUUUUCGGUGUCCUCAUCCCGGUUGUUGACCAUUUCAAUAAUUUUCUCAUCUGUCAAUUCUUCAAUUUCAUCACUGUCUAACCACUUCUUAAACUCUUCAGCACUGGAUUCCAUUUCGCAGCCAGGGAUUGCCACCAUUAAAUUCAAUAGAGUCAUAUUAUCACAGUCAUCUUCAACUGUUUCUUCUUCUUCACUUUGUGAAACUCUCGGUUUUAUAAGUUUUGACCAGGAUUUCUGUAUAGUUUCCUGUUUAAUUUCUGACCACGCAUCAACUAACCAAUAGAUAACGUCUUUUAUAUUAACUGUUUUUAGCAUAUCUACUAAUGAAAUUUCUUCUUCUUGCAAAAUAUAUGUCAGAAGCAUGCGUCUGUACUUUUUCUUUAUUGUCGCAAUGACGCCUUGGUCCAUACGUUGAAUGAGGCUAGUCACAUUUGGGGGCAGGAAAACAGUUUUAAUUUCAUCACUUGAAAGCUCUUCUACGUUUGGAUGGGAUGGAGCGUUGUCAGUAACCAACAGUGCUUUUCUCGGUAAUUGUCGUUCUUUUAAAAAAGUUUCUACUGAAGGAACAAAUUCCUCGAAGAACCAAUUUUUAAAAAUGGUCGUAUUCAUCCACGAGUUCUUUUGAUUUUUGUAUGCGACGGGUAGUGCGUUCAUAUUUACAUUUUUAAAAGCUCUAGGUUAGGUUUUUUUGAUUUUCCUAUCACCAAGGGACGAAGCUUAUGUGUCCCAGAGGCAUUGGAACAUGGCAUAACAGUAAUUCGUUCCUUGCUCUUUUUAUGCCCAGGAGCGGAAAUCUCGUCUUUGGAUGCUAGAUUCUUGUCAGGUAGCAUUUUAAAAUUUAACCCAGUUUCGUCACAGUUAUAUAAUUGAUAAUGUGUGUAGCCCCCUUCUUCGAUCAUGCUUUGAAAUUUUUGAACAUAGUUUUCAGCACCAGCAGCAUCAGCUGAAAGCUUUUCUCCUGUGAUAUGCAAUUGCUGCACACCGUAUCUUUUUUUCCAUUUAUCCAGCCAUCCUUUACUGGCAUUAAAAUUGCUUUCACCUUCUUGUAAUUUAUUACGAAAAUACUGCGCUUUUUCUUGUAAUAUAGGCCCAGAAAGAGGGACACCUUUUUGCCGCUUUGCUAAAAACCAUGAAAACAAAGCUUCACUUGUUUUUUCGUACUCACUUUUUUUCAUACGAGAUCUGGAUGUUGUAGCCUGAGAAAGAUUUUUUUGAGUUUGCCAUAACUCCAAUUUCUGUCUGUUGCGCCUCCAGUCACCCACAGUAACAGCACUCACUCCUAAAUCAUGCGCAAUUGUUUUUAACGGCUCACCUUUAUCAACCCGCGUCAGCGCUUCUAAUUUAUCACUUAAUGAUAUUUCAGUAUGUUUUCUUUUACUCAUACUGGUUCGUAAUAGAACUGGGACGUAACUAAAUAGAUGUGCUCACGGCGAAGAACUUAUGGGAACUAAAAAUUGCCCUCUGGAGGGAACGCGGGGAAGUGACGAGGGGGCGGAGGAUCUAGGCCGACGGAGAAAAGGGGUUUCCCCCAAUGUUCUAAAAAUAGAUGCUUGCGACUUCUGACAGGGGUGGGCCGCUACCUGCUAUGUAUAGUCACUUACCCAACUCACCCCAUCAGGUCUUCCUCCUCAACGUAGCCCUGGCCGUCCCUACAUGUAUGUGUGUUUGCAAAAUUCAUAUUUUUUUCUUUCUCAUAACCCCCGAAACUGACUCGGAUUAUUGGGAACUCGGAUUAUCGGAGCUUGGAUUAUCGAGACCCUAGUGUAUAUAUUUAUCUCAUUGUAAUGUAUUUUGCAUCAAUUUUUCUUGGACACAUGUGAAGUGUGGCGGGAAAAAUAUUUUUUGUAUGUUUAAAUUAAUUUUGAAAAAUAUUACAUUUUCCUAAUUGUUUGCAGUUUGAUUCAAGUCAUAAACACAGGAUUGGCAGAAGCGUACGCCUGGACAGCCAUUUUGAAGCACUGAGGCAUCAUUUAGACUCCUGCCAUCACUUCGCUCAUCGGCCCGACCGCUGUGAUGGACCUUCCCCUCGUCUGUGGCCUGCCAGACAACCAGGUCUUGCUGCCUGCAAUUAAAUUACAGAGCAGAAAGAGGAACCUUAUAACUGGGUAUUAGAAAUUCAUAUUGGCCAUAAAGGUGCGAAUAAAUGUGACAGAAGCCCUUUCCAAGGAACAUACACUCCGAACGUGCUCUCGUCCUCGUAUCGAACUAAACAUUGUCACUGUAAGAUAGGUUCCUCUUCACUGUUAGAACUUACACCAAUUAUGAACACAGUAGAGUUAGGACAUUUCAGGGGAAUAGGGUGUAAUGGAAACAUACAGCAAAAGAUUUUUGUUUAUUCAUUAAUGAUGAUUUUAAUAAUUACAAUAUGCCUUAACAUCAAAAAGUCUUAUCAGUUGUCACACAUCUUACGAGCAACGUAGAAAGUAAGGGGUCCUUAAUUAACCAAAAUUAAACAACCAAAGUUAAUACAUUUUAAAGUUCCUGGCAUGUCAAAAAUCAGAAUAAAUAAUUUAUGACUAUUUUAAAAUUGCAUUAUACCUGGUCCUACACAAGCUUAGUGAGUGGCCGCAUGUCUGUUUCAUCAGCCCUGAUAACUUCCAUCAUCACUGACAAUACCAAUAGUUUAUCCACACUAUCGUAAAACAGGCAACAUUCAGUAUUGACACGGGUCGAAGAAGAAGAGUUCUGGCCUGCCAUUAGCAUGUUGGCGAGUAGAAGGUCAUCGUCCAGGAUACGAACACUACUUGGUAUGUCGCAGAUCACAUUACUGGUUGGUUUUGCUGGACGGCUUACUGCCGGUACUCAAAUUCCAUUAGAGGUGUGUCAAACACAAUAACCACAGCAAGACAAGAAUAACAACUACACCUAAGCGAGCAUUUAUAGCAGGUCCAUUUUACACUCCUCCUUGGCUGGCUGCGAACAAACUGUCUUUUGGCGUGCGUGGGGGCCAUGUUUGGCAGUGGUCAACUGUCGUUUGGUGGUGAAGUGUGUGUUUUUCAACUGAAUACCAAGAUGCUUGCCCUGCGAGAAGUUGGCGAGUAAUGUGUAGUGUUACCAACUCCUGAUGAGUCUAAUGUUUUGGGUAAAUUUACAAUUUAAACUCACUUUAUGAUAGGUUGUAGGCUACUCAACUGAAAUGAAAUAUUUCCAAUAAAUUUAAAUUUUGUGUUAUUUUUUUGUAUUUUAAUGAUUUUAAUGAAUGUUACAAGCCAAAAAUAUGAAUCCUACUUUCCUCUUGUUUCUAAUCACAAAGUAAGCACUGCAGAUAGUCUUGUGGGUGGCUGGCUGUAGUGGUCAAACACAUGCUCCAGUCGUGUCUAUUCUGAAGUAGUUCCUCUUCACCCACCUGGGGCUCUGUGCAGCAACCACGCAAGUACAUUUUCACAUUCUGCAAACUGGCUUAAAUGGGGAAUAGUACAUUUUUUCCCCAUCUUAUACAGCCCAAAACACUGUAUAUUGAAAUAUUUAUUGCAAAUUCAUACCAUCUUUGAUGUCUGCCUGUUCAUGGAGCAUAAGCAAACUUUUUUGUCUGCUUGACAUGAUACCAUGUUUGUUUUGUAAUGUAUAAAUCUAAUGUGUUUGAGUAUAUGGUCCUAUAAAAAAAUAGAUUACCUAAUAAUAAAGAAACAAUAUCAUUGUCAAAAUAACGUUUCUUGUAACCAGACCGCAGUAGAUACAUUUUUAUUAAUUAAAGGCCUGUUGGCAAUACGUGUCAAUACA